AUGUCUGGUCCAGAUCUGCCAAUUCCUUUUCAAAGCUUCGACACACAUGAAAGGGAAGGCUUCUCGAUGUUCCUUCCUCAAUUCAACCAAUUCAUUACACAAUCUUUCGAUGGAAAUCUCGAAAGCAUUAAUCUUCCAAACACAGAAAUAUGCUGAUUUUGGCUAUUUUUCUUUAUAUACGGUGCUAUAAAUUAUGUUUUUCUAUAGAAAAUUUAGUAUAAGCCUGAUUUUUUUCAGGCUUUUGCUUAUAAAAAUGUAUAAAAGGCGAAGGAAAUCGUCUGCCUGAGUUUUUCGGGUUCUAUGAAAAUAUAUUAAGGAUGUCAAUGGAGUCAUGCCUGAUGAAUCCAAACCCUGAGUUCUGGAUGAAUUUCCAAAAUCCAGAGAGUUCUUUCUCUUCUGAAGGAAUUGACCUUCCUGCUGAAAUUAAAGGCUGUCUUAACGCAACACAGUAUGAAGAGAAGCCAAAGCAAAUUGGCUUAAUUUCAGCAGAAGAAAGGAGGCUUAAAAUCCAAAGGUAUUCUAUUUAUAUUAAAAUAACUAUAAGAGGAUAAUUGUAGAAUUCUAAGGAUAUUUAUAUUAAAAAAUAUAUUUGGAAAAGAGAAAAAGAAGGACGUUUAGAAAAAUCGUCACUUAUGAGUGCAGGAAAAAAGUAGCAGAUUCAAGGAUCAGGGUGAAAGGUCGAUUUAUUACAAAAGAGCAAGCUGAAAUGUUGAAAAAUAUACAUUGUGAGAAGGCUGUGGAGGCUGAUUAA